AUGACGAGGCACCUUAGGCCCACCAAGCCCCAGCCACGAACCGCCCCAGACGACCGCGUGGCCCGCUACACGGCGGCGAGCUGGGGCCAGCUGCGCCUGCUGUGGGUCGGCGCCAGUGACGCGGGCUCUCCGCUGUCUAACCUGCCGCCGGAGCUGGUGGUGAUGAUCGCGCGCCUCGCGGCCUGGCGCCCGCCGUGCUGGGCCGACUCACGACUUCGGUGGUGCCGGGCCAAGGCCAAGACCUCCCCCGACGGCAUCGCGCAGUUCUGGGUAGCGAGCUUCGCGGACACCGGGCUUGCGUUCGACUACAACCACGUCACCCGGCGCUUCAAGCUCUCCGAAUGGCGCAAACAAGACACCGCGGGCGCGUGGAAGGACACCACGUUGGUGGGCUUCUGGUCCGAGGCCGAAUUCCUGGUGAACGCCAGCUUCGACAAGCGCUGGCGACAGUGGUUUGAGAGUAUGUGCGUCGAUGAUUGA